AUGAAUUAUAUCACGAAAUGGGGUUACUCCACACCGCUUGUGCGCAAGAAUCUUCUUACCCUUAGGUCAUCAGCGCCUACGAGUACCUUUAGGGCUCCUUCAACAUUACCCGCCCCAAUGAAUCCAACCUGCUCUAGUUCUUAUAUACAUCUCAAUGACCAUAACCGAGAUAAGAACAAGGUUUUAUCAGCUGUUUAUGCCUUUUCAUUGGAUAAUAUAUUUGAAGAGGAAUCGGGAAGACGUGGUGGGAAAAAGGCCCCUGUUCUGGGUAGGAGAUGUAGAAACAGGAAGAAGCAGGGGAUUUCGGCUUCAAAUCGGUGCAAGGAAAUUGCCAGCUCAUCUACCACCACGCACUUUCAGAGAUCUUUCACAACAGAAGGUCCAGGAGGAUUUAUUGAAGAUUGCACUUCACGAAAGCCAUCUUCAGGACCGAUGCUAGAGCCGAUGGCCACUACUGCCAUUUCAUUAGAUCUGUGCAAUGAGCAGGAUUAUCCUAAAACUUCACUUAAAGACAAAUUUAGUACUGAAAAGAUCUCUGCUGACAAACUUUCGGUUCAUCGUUUUUCGUUUGAGACAGUUUCUAGUUGGGAAUCGUCUUCUAGGCUUUCUUCUACUUCGUUAGCUUCUGAAAAGACGAAACCUCCCUUUUUAUCCUCUUUUGACAUCGAUGAACCGUCCUGCACGAUGACGAAGGAUGCCCCUGUCUCAUCCUUUCUCUCUCCCGAACAUGCGGAGACGACUUUAGGGAAGGAAGGGGAAAAGGAUGCGGGGGUUCAUAUUCGCAAACGCAACAAGACCAGAGAUGAGGGGGAGGCCAUCUCACGCAGUUUGAAUGCCCGAUUAGAAUUACUGCGGCUUGCGAAUCCUUAUUCCUACGCACGUUCUAAACCCCAACGUGGCGUUGGAACCUCCGGUAGGCAUGUCAGACGAGCAUCCUCGACUAAUACAAUCCUGAGAAAGGAUCAGGAAACAUCGAACUCGGCAAAGAACCCAACAACACCGUCCUUUGACUCCACUUCAGAAAACCAAAUCAUAGGCGUUUUAUUACCAUCGGAGAAGGAUUUUAGCAUUUUUAUAGAUUCCCCAUACAGCACCAAGGCGGAAAGUCUUGGAUUAGGAGCGGCUCUGGAAACUGCGAGUUGCUCAUUGUCUUCAACACGUGUUACUCCAGCGUUCAAUGCGUCAAAGACAUCAGCACCUGAAAAUUUAUCAUACAAUGUUCCUAAAUCUGAGGCAGCGGGCUUUUCUGGAACUGUGAAGCCCAUACGAAGUCAGUUUCCGACAAUGAGAACCCUCAAACAGGCUUUUCGAAAGGAUUUCCCUCUCAACAGUACGAGAGUCGUGCAUAAACAUCAUACUAACAGAGGGAAUCAAGGAUUAAGUAGGGUUAUAGCCACUGAGCUUGAGUUCACAGACGUCCUGACGUCUGGGCAUAAUAUGGAUAGCUCACUGCACACCGCUAGAUCUGUGAUGCAUGGGAAAACUAAGCAUUACAUUGAUGAGAAAGCUUCAACUGCUGGAGAAUGGGAGAUUGUGCUCGGACAAAGGAAAAGGCAAGCCCCAUCUCAUCACCAUUUUCGCCGUCGUAAAGCUUUGAAGAUAAUUGAAGCAACCAUGUUGGAUUCGCAAGCAGGGGGUAUAAACUCAGCGGGAUAUUCUCGCAGCCUACGUAUAAAGACUGAUUCUAAAGUGCUAAAUAGAUUACUGCAAGGAUGGGAAACUGAAAGGGAUGUCGAUAAAAUUAUAUAA